AAAAUGUUUGUUCACCCAUUUGUUAUAGUUGGUGUUAUCGGAAUUGCAACGGUGAAGGCUGAUGGAUCCUUCGGCUUGGGGGAAAUGAUUGGAAAAUGUUUUGACCAGGGUGAUAUCAAUGAAAUAAUCAGAUGUGCUACGGGGAGAACAAUAAAAAUUAUGGAACUUGCUGCUAAUCAGAAGAACUUAGAAAUAUUUCCAGGUGUAGGAGUUAGUAUUUCUCCAACUUCAAGUGGAGUCAAAAAUAUAAGAAAUAAAACACUCGCACCAAACAUGAAGCAACAGAAUGAAAGUUCAAUCAAACAUUUAGUGGAUGCAACUGCAAAAUUCAUGUCUGGACGAAUUAUUCAGAUAAAUGUUUCGAAAUCAUCCGCUGAAAAGAUCUCGAAAGCUAUUGAAGAAG